CAUACUCACACCCUGUGUAUGUGUGUUCUGCGUGUCUGCUAAGAUACAUUACAAAACUUUUGUCCUUUGUUUUCAUAUAAUCUUUAGCCACUUUUUUUUUUAGUUUGUAAAGUGACCGUAACCUGAAUAAGAAAGCAUCAUCCGUUUUUCGCUCAUUUGCAUCUCAAUUUUGUGAUACAAAAGCAAAAGAGUCUAGUUUCUUGAUGUUUUAAGUGUUAUUAGUAAUUAGUACGUACACACUUUUGAAUUACUUGUUAUAAGUUGUGGGCUUUUCAAGAUUCUUAAUUCCCAUAUGCUCUACAAAAUUUGAUUAUACUUCAUGGAGUAAAGCUAGAAACUUUAUCUUAAUUAACUAGUGAAACUUUUUCUUUAAAAACCCUGUGAAUUAAAGUGUUAUUUUCUCAAGAAACAAAACAUGUUGCAUACAAAAUCAGAGUCAGAUAUCACUAGUUUAGCUCCAUCAUCACCAUCAAGAUCACCGAAAAGACCGGUAUACUAUGUGCAAAGCCCUUCAAGGGACUCACAAGAUGGUGACAAAUCAUCCUCAAUACAAGCCACACCAAAUUUCAGGAGUCCAAUGGAAUCACCAUCACACCCUUCUAUGGGGAGGCACUCAAGGAACUCAUCAUCCAGUCGGUUUUCUGGGAUUUUUCGGUCUCAUUCAGGGAGGAAAGUUCAUAGGAAAAGGAAUGAUAAAGGCUGGCCAGAGUGUAAUGUGAUUGUGGAAGAAGGAAAGUAUGAUGAAUAUGAUGAUGAAAAGAGGCUUACUAGAAGAUUACAAGCUUUAAUGGCUCUUUUGAGUUUUAUCAUACUGUUCACUGUUUUAUGUUUGAUUAUUUGGGGUGCUGCAAGACCUUAUAAAGCUGAGAUCACUGUUAAGAGUUUGGCCUUGAAUAGCCUUUACAUUGGGGAGGGUUCAGACUCAUCUGGAGUCAUAACCAAGAUGUUGACGAUCAAUGGGUCAUUGAGGAUCGGUGUUCAUAACCCAGCCACGUUCUUUGGCAUCCAUGUUAGCUCCACCCCGGUGAACUUAAUCUAUUCAGAGAUUGUGAUUGCUACCGGACAGUUGAAGAAGUAUUAUCAGCAACGAAAGAGUAGAAGAACAGCAAUUGUGAGCCUAGAAGCAACCAAAGUACCCUUAUAUGGCGCGGGUUCAAGUUUAGUGGUCUCUAAUGCUGAAGUGUUUGAAAUCCCAUUGAGGUUAGAGUUUGAGAUCAAAUCAAAAGGGGAAGUCGUUGGAAAAUUGGUGACCACGAAGCAUCGGAAGCAAAUUUCUUGCAAUAUGAACUUGACAUCGAAUACAAUCAAACCAAUCAGAUUCAGAAAGAGUGCUUGCAUCUACAAAUGAAUGAACAUUAACUUUGGAAGGAGUAUUUGUAAAAAUAUUACUCAUAUUAAGUUUUGUUCCCUUAAAUAGUUAAAUGUGUUUCGAAAUCGAUUUCUUGUAGCCAAGACAUACCCUUUUUGGUAUGUUGAAACAUGUAUAAAUGUUGGUUGUUGGGGUAAUAAAAAUUGUCAUACGAGUGGAUCUGUCAUCUA